CGAACUUGCGCGGGAACCGGUCCCAUUGAUCGAAAUUGGCGCGAGAAGCACAAACGCAGUGCUAAAAAUGGCCAGAACCCCGCGCGCCACGCCGACGCCGGCCCGCACGCAGCAGCGCACGCAGCAGCGCGCGCCACACGCGCCGCGCCCGCCGCCGAAUGAGUCAGAGGGCUGGCGGCGACUCUCGAAAGACGCGUGGAAGGAGAAAUUCGCGGCGUUCGUGCGACGCCCGCGAGAUGGAAGGAGAGCGCUCCAAGCCGUCGUGAGCGGCGAGGACGCGGCGGGCGACGCGAGGGGCGUCGGCGUGCCCGUGGAUCUGUGCGAGCUCGCUAGAUUUGAUGCCGGCGCGGCACAGGGCUUACUGCGGUGGCCCGAGAAACUCCUCCCGGUCUUCGACGAGGCGCUGAACGACGGCGUCAAGGCGCUCCUCUCGUCGCAGACGGCCUCGCGGCACCCGGACUGGCGCGAGCGCAAGGCCCGAGCGCGGUUACGCCACUGCCCGCCGUUAUCUGCCCACCGCAAGCCCAACGUCUCCGCUCUACGGUGUGGAGACGUCGGGCCUUUAGUGCAAAUCGAAGGGACGGUCGUACGAACGGGCGCCGUCCGAGUCUUGGAAGCACAAAGGUGGUACCGCUGCCUGGACCAGCGGUGCGAGCACGUCUUCCCCGUGAAGCCCGACGCGGCCCAGGGUAACGUGUUUGAAGCGCCCAAAAGAUGCCCCGGCCAGGACGGGUCCUGCGGGAGCCGGCGCUUCGUCGAGGUCGAGCGGGAAAACGCGGACUACCAGGAGUUGCGCGUCCAGGAGCACGUCGAGCGCUUGGGCGUCGGCGCCAUCCCACGGAGUUUGACCGUCGUCGUGACGUACGACUUGGCGGACGCGUCGACGGCCGGCGACGCGGUUGCUGUCACCGGUUAUCUCGAGAGAAGGUGGCAGCCCCACUACAAGGACGUGCGGGUCGACGUGGAUCUUGUACUAAGGGCGUGCGACGUGCGGCCCGUCGCCGCGGCGCACGCGCCGGGCGCCGCACGAGCGACGGAGGAGGACGUCGCCGCGUUCCGGGCCUUAUGGAGAAGGGCGGCGCGGAGCCAGGCGCCCCUGGCCGCGCGCGACGUGUUGAUCGAUUCCGUGUGUCCUCGGAUAUUUGGGCGGCGGACGCUGAAGCUAGCCGUGCUACUGACGGCGGUCGGCGGCGUCGGUUCCGACGAACGCGACCAGGAUGAGGAAGAACACGUGACGCGCACGCGGGGCACGCCCCAUUUGCUGCUGGUGGGCGACCCGGGCACGGGCAAGUCCCAAUUUUUGAGGUUUAUGGCCAAGUUGGCGCCGCGGUCGAUCCUCACGACCGGCUGCGGCACGACGUCGGCGGGCCUCACGUGCAGCGCGGUCAAAGAUAAUGGAGAGUGGACCCUCGAGGCCGGCGCGUUGGUUUUGGCGGAUAAAGGUGUGUGCUGCAUCGACGAGUUCGGCGCGAUCAAGGCCGGCGAUAGGGCCGCGAUCCACGAGGCCAUGGAGCAGCAGACGCUGUCCGUGGCCAAGGCGGGCUUGGUCUGCACGCUCGCGGCGCGCUGCGCGGUCAUGGCCUGCGCGAACCCGAAGGGCGGCGUGUUUGAUAGUCGCGCGGAUCUGUCCGUGAACACGUCGCUGCCCCCGUCGUUGCUGUCGAGGUUCGACGUCAUUCUGGUGGUUGUGGAUGCGCCGGACGCGUCCUGGGACCGAGCUGUGAGCGCUCAAAUUUUAAAUUCGUCCAUACGGCCGGGCUGCGGUUCCUUGGAUCCACUAGAUGAUGGCGACGAGCGACCGGCGAAGCGCAAGCGCGUCGCCCCGCGGCCCAAGGCCUGGUCCCUGGAUCGCCUGCGGCGCUACGUCGCCUACGUCCGGGAGCAGUUCAAGCCGACGCUCGGCGACGACGCCGCGCGCGUCGUGGAGGCCUACUACGCGCGGCAGCGGCGCGGCGCGGCGGCGGCCUCGGGACGGGCGACGAUCCGCAUGCUCGAGAGUCUCGUCCGAUUGGCCCAGGCCCACGCGCGGCUCUGCUGCCGGCCCGAGUGCAACGCGCAGGACGCCGUCGUCGCGUGCCUGCUGGUGGACAAGUCCAUGGCGCAGAACGCGGUCUUCGCGGCGGAGACGGACCCUAUCGCCGAGCUGACGGUGUCGACGGACUCCGACGCCUACUACCUCUACCAGUACGCGCAGGUGUCGGCGGCGUUGGGGUUGGGCGGCGAGUAAGUUGUGUUUGUGUA